AGGUUGUAAAUAUGGCCGACGAAGUGACGGAAUACACCGCUAUGCAAGAAAGUAUUUUCAACAUGGACAACUUCGUCGUAGAAAAGUUGAUAGGCAAGGGACAGUUCAGCUGUGUUUACAAAGCCAAAGUGAAGACUGGUGAACAUAGGACGGUGGCGCUUAAGAAAAUACAGAUAUUUGACAUGGUGGAUGUUAAGGCUAGAUUGGACUGCAUGAAGGAGAUAAAUUUAUUGCAGCAAAUGGACCACCCCAACAUCAUCAAGUACUACGCAUCCCUGAUAAAGAACAACGAGCUGGUGAUUGUCUUGGAGCUAGCAGAGGCCGGGGACUUGGCUCGGAUGAUCAAGUACUUCCGAAGACAACGGCGGCUCAUCCCAGAGAGAACUAUCUGGAAAUACUUUGUACAGAUCUGCAGUGCGGUCUCCCACAUGCACUCCAAGAGGAUCAUGCACAGAGACAUAAAACCAGCAAACGUUUUCAUCACCGCAGAUGGCACAGUUAAGCUCGGUGACCUAGGUCUCGGUCGCUACUUCAGUGCCAAGACUAUGGCAGCACACUCUAUGGUUGGAACUCCGUACUACAUGAGUCCUGAGCGAAUGCAGGAGUGUGGUUACACCUUCUCUAGCGACAUAUGGUCCUUGGGUUGCUUACUGUAUGAGAUGGCUGCACUUCAAUCGCCGUUUUACGGGAAUAAAAUGAAUUUGUUUACGCUAUGCAAAAAAAUUGAAAGAUGUGAAUACGCUCCAAUCCCAUCAGUUGUAUAUUCUAUGCAGAUGCAGAAGCUAAUCAAAGAGUGUAUAACAGCUGACCCAUCUAGACGGCCAGACAUUUCUCAUGUUCACGGAGUUGCACAGACGAUGCACGAGAAAAACAUUUUUAGACACCCGGCCGCUCCUCACUCCCUCCCGCCUUCCUCUGUCUCCAUCAGACGAGUUCUUCAGUCUCGAUGUUCUAACAAAUGAUUCUCAUUUGAUCGUAAGGCCUAACUGAUGUCUCCUGUCACCAAUUUUUUGCACUUCAGUCAAACAAUGUUGGUUUUGCGCAAGUGUUCUGUUGAGUGUUGGUGCUGAGAAGACUUUCUGGGAGAAAGUGUUGCUACCAAAAGCUGUUGUUUUUAGUGUAAUCAUUACUACUGUAAAUUAUUUUACUGUUUGAAGGAAUGCAAUGUAAAUUAUUUUUGUAGAGAAAAAGUGAAAAUGUUAAAUAUAGGUAGUGUAAAAUUUAAUUACUUUAACUAUGC